GCUGUGGGGCACCGAGCAAGGGAAAGAAGACAGUGCCUUGGAGGCUGCCCAGGCAGGUGGUUACGGUUACACAUGCUUUCACAGGGUCAUUUUUGGCCACAGAAAAUGCCAGGAUGAUGCCUCCCACCCGCCUGGCUGGGAUUCUGAUCCCAGCCAUGGCCUUUCUUUCCUGCCUGAGACCUGAGAGCUGGGACCCUUGCGUGCAGGUGGUUCCUCACAUUACCUACCAGUGCAUGGAGCUGAAUCUCUACAAAAUCCCCAACAACAUCCCCACAUCAGUCAAGAAACUGGAUCUGAGCUUUAACCCCCUGAGACGUCUAAGCAGCCAUAUCUUCUCCAACUUCUCAGAAUUGCAGGUGCUGGAUUUAUCUAGGUGUGAAAUUGAGAUGAUUGAAGAUGAUGCAUAUGAGGGUCUAAACCAUCUCUCCACCUUGAUAUUGACAGGAAACCCUAUCCAGAGUUUAGCCAUGGGAGCCUUUUCUGGACUAUCAAGUUUACAGACACUGGUGGCUGUGGAGAUAAACCUAGUGUCUCUAGAGGACUUCCCCAUUGGACACCUGAAAACCUUGAAGGAGCUUAAUGUGGCUCACAAUCUUAUUGAUUCCUUCAAGUUACCUGAAUAUUUUUCUAACCUGUCCAACCUGGAGCACUUAGACCUUUCCAAUAACAAGAUCCAAACUAUUUGUCAUAAAGACCUACAGGUUCUACAUCAAAUGCCCCCAUUCAAACUCUCUUUAGACUUGUCCCUGAACCCUUUAGACUUCAUCCAACGAGGUGCCUUUAAAGAAAUUAAGCUCCAUGAACUAACUUUGAGAAGUAAUUUUAACAGUACAGAUGUAAUGAAAACUUGUAUUCAAGGCCUGGCUGGCUUAAAAAUCAAUCGUUUGGUUCUAGGAGAAUUUAAAAAUGAAAGAGCCAUAAAACAUUUUGACAAAUCUGCCAUGGAGGGACUGUGCAAUUUGACCAUUGACGAAUUCCGGAUGACAUACUUCGAUGACUUCUCAGAGGAUGUUAUUAACUUUUUUAAUUGUUUGGCAAAUGUUUCUACAAUUUCUCUGGUGAGUCUGUAUUUAAACAGGCUAGAAGUCCUUUCUAAAGAUUUCAAAUGGCAACACUUAAAACUGACUAACUCUAAAUUUGAUCAUUUUCCCAGGUUGGAACUUGACUCUCUCAAAAAGUUGGUUUUCACUGCCAACAGGGGUAUGAGCACUUUUACUGAAGUUAAACUACCAAAACUUGAGUUUCUAGAUCUCAGUAGAAAUGGUUUGAGUUUCAAGAGUUGCUGUUCUCACACUUUUUGGGGGACAACUAGACUGAAACACUUAGAUCUGAGCUUUAAUGAUGUUAUUACCAUGAGCUCAAACUUCUUGGGCUUAGAGCAACUAAAAUAUCUGGAUUUCCAGCAUUCCAAUUUGAAACAGGCCAGUGAUUUUUCGGUAUUCCUAUCACUCAAAAACCUACUUUACCUUGAUAUUUCUUAUACUCGCAUCCGAAUCAUCUUCCAUGGCAUCUUUGAUGGCUUGUUCAGCCUCGAAGUCUUGAAAAUGGCUGGCAAUUCUUUUCAGGACAACUCCGUUCCAAAUAUCUUCAAAGCGCUGACUAACUUAACCUUCCUGGACCUCUCUAAUUGCCAGCUAGAACGAGUGUCCCAGGCGGCAUUUGGCUCACUCGUUAAACUUAAGUCACUAAAUAUGAGUCACAACCACCUUUUAUCCUUGGAUCUAUUUCCUUAUAAACUUCCCCACUCUCUCCAGGAUCUGGACUGCAGUUUUAAUCGCAUAGUGGCCUCCAAUAGGCAAGAACUACAGCAUUUUCCAAGUAAUCUAACUUCCUUAAAUCUCACUGGGAAUGACUUUGCUUGCAUUUGUGAACACCAGAGUUUUCUGCAGUGGGUCAAGGACCACAGGCACCUCUUGGUGGGAGUUACACAAAUGGUGUGUGUGAAACCUUUAGAUAUGCAGGGUGUGCCUGUACUCAGUUUUAGAAAUGCCACCUGUCAGAUGAGCAAGACUGUCAUUAGUGUGUCGGUUCUCACUGUACUUGUGGUAUCUGUGGUAGCAGUUCUGGUUUAUAAGUUCUAUUUCCACCUGAUGCUUCUUGCUGGCUGCAAAAAGUAUGGCAGAGGUGAAAGCAUCUAUGAUGCCUUUGUUAUUUACUCAAGCCAGGAUGAGGACUGGGUGAGGAAUGAGUUGGUAAAGAACUUGGAGGAGGGGGUGCCCCCCUUUCAGCUCUGCCUUCACUACAGAGACUUUAUUCCUGGUGUGGCCAUUGCUGCCAACAUCAUCCAAGAAGGUUUCCACAAGAGCCGAAAGGUUAUCGUCGUGGUGUCCCAGCACUUCAUCCAGAGCCGAUGGUGUAUUUUUGAGUAUGAGAUUGCCCAGACCUGGCAGUUUCUGAGCAGUCGUGCAGGCAUCAUUUUCAUUGUCCUACAGAAGGUGGAGAAGUCCCUGCUCCGGCAGCAGGUGGAGCUCUCUCGCCUUCUCAGCAGGGAACCUUACCUGGAGUGGGAGGACAGUGUCCUCGGGCGGCACAUCUUCUGGAGACGACUCAGAAAAGCCUUGCUAGAUGGCAAACUGUGGAGUCCAGAAGGAGCAGCAGAUGCAGAAAGCAGCCAGCAUGAAGCAGCAAUCACUAUCUGAGGAGAAAAAACUCCUGAGGUGCUUCUUGUGCAGCUGGAUUCAUUACUUGUUCAGUUAACAAGUAUUAAAUGUUGCAACACUGCA